UGGCUGGAUGAAGCCACAAGGACAGCAGUCUCUGAAAAGAAAAAGGAUUUGCAUCGUGGUAUCUUGUCCUUUGCGCUAUUUCAGCUACGGGAUUGGCAUUUAACAGAGUUUUUCCAUUGAGUGGACACGGAAGGGCCAUCAGUGCGUCGCCAUGUCAGACAGUCAGCCACAGAGUGGUGGGGGCACCCCAGCUUCUUUGAGUAGUGUCAGUCCAAGCUCCUCUGCCACGCCCCCUGCCAGUGGCAAUGCUAUAGACCCCAACACCCAACAAGGACCAGUUCUGCCCCAGCAAGGCCUGGGUGUGGUCCAGCAGAAUAUGGGUGUGUCACAGGGAAACAUCCCCCAGGGCCUGCCCCAGGGUAUACAGGGGGUGCAGGUUGUUCCCAACCCUGCUGGGAUGAGUCCGCAGUAUGUUCAGUUCUAUAAUCAGCAGAUGAUGGCCCAAAUACAGGCAUUCCAAGCUUUCCAGAAUCUUCAGGCCAUGAACAGACCUACUGGUAUAGGACCAAAGUCUCCAGUAGGCCAGCCUCAACCAUCUCCUACUGGGCUAGUGUCCCCAGUACGGGGAAUACCUCCAGCAUUUUUUACGACUACAACUAUGCCGGGACCCAUGAAACUGCCAGUGUCCAUCCCUGUAGCAGCAACGGUGGCUGCUUCCUCAGUGGCCCAGCCCGUUGCCUGGGGUGCCCCCAUGAAGUUGCCAGUGUCAGUCCCCAUGACAGUGACAUCCGGAGCCCCUUUCACGCUGGUCACCAGCAGCAGUAAGAUGACCUACGUCACACCAGGUGGAGCCACUGUAGCAAAGCCACCAUCUGCACCAACCACUCCCGUGCCACACAGUAUCAGCAUGGCCAGUAAGGUGCAGGUGUCCCGACCUUCCAGUCAGCCGGGACAGCCUCUGUAUGUGGGGCAGCCAGGAGUGUCCACAAUACCAACAAGUAUCCAGGCCAAGCCUCUGGUGGGAACGGUGGCGCCCACUAGCACCUCCCAGGUGAUACACUCCUCUUCCCAGUCCUCCCAGCAGAUCCCUCAACAACAGCAACAACAACAACAGCAGCAGCAACAGCAGAUAAUGACCAACACAGGACAGGUAAUAACCAAUACAGGGCAGGUUAUCACAAACCCAGCAGUGUUAAACCAACUUCAGGCCAUGGGGCUACAGACCACCACCCUCCCAGUGGCUGCUGGGGCUCAGCAACAGUUCAUAGGGUCCCAGUCCCCCACCAUCUUGGCCAGUCAGCCUGUCUUUAUACGAGCAGCAGGUCCGCUUCAGUCCACCCCCCAGGGUUUAAUGCAGGGGGUGGUGAGCAUGCAGGGGGGUACAACUGUAGUGUCCAGCCCCUCAUCAGCAGUUCCAACUUCUGUCAGGCUUGCCAGCCCCAGGGGUGUGGGAAGAGGAGGAAAUGGGAAUGGUACUAGUAUAGCCGGGUCAAGACCUAGGGGACCCAGGGGUAUUAAUAUGCCCUUCCCCAGGAUUAAGGCGCCUAAAAUCCCAGGUUCACGACCAAGGGGACGCCCACCUAAGAUCAGCACCUCACAGUCAAUCAGCACUCCCCCCAGGACUCUGGUGCGUCCUAUCCGGCCCAUUGUCUCUUCCCAGCCUGCACCUCUCACUUUGCCCACACAUAUCCAGGUGGCGGCUUCCUCCCAGCAUCAAGUGCUGGUUACCCCUCAGCCCAUGGAACUGAGUCAGCAGUCUCUACCUCCUAAUCUUCUCCUGCCUUUACAGGCUCAACCCCCUUCAAUCCAGCACCAACCCCCUUCCUCCCCCUCUCCACCCACAUUAACCCCCAUCCAGAUUCAGAAUCAGAAUGGAGAAGUGGAAAAACCAGUCUUGAAGGCUGAGGGAGCAGUGCCACCUACAGUUGAGAGAGGAAGUCAGGCUGUUACCAUGGAAAUGAAUGGAGGCCACCAAGAAGUGCUGCCCCCUCCUGGAGAAAAGCAAAAGGCUAUUGUGAAACCACAGGUGCUCACCCAUAUUAUUGAUGGGUUCGUGAUCCAGGAGGCAGCUGAACCAUUCCCAGUGCAACGGUCAUCACUUUUGACCAGUGUCCAAAACUCUGAGAGACCAGCAGUGGGUGGACAGGCAGAGGAUGAGUCUAAGGACAGGAAAGAAUUUGAUGACCAAGCAAAUCAGCCCAUGUUGAAAUGCGAGUUCUGUGGGAAGGUUGCUCCAGCCAAUAAAUUCCGUCGUUCCAAACGGUUCUGCUCCAUGGCCUGUGCCAAGCGAUACAAUGUGGGUUGUACAAGGAGACUUGGACUCUUUAAGAAAGGGGAUGGACUACCACAUCAGAAUCCAACCAAGCAGCUUCAGAAGAAAAAGAAACUGAUGAGAUUAAAGAAGGGUUGGCAGCGCACAAAGGGUGAAAGAAUGAUGUACUCCUCUCUGCCUAGAGUGAGAGAAACGGCACAAGCUGGCAAUGUCACUGAGAGUGGUGAAGAUCAGAGCAGUUCCCAGAGUGUUCAAGAUGAGAGCUCAUCAACCACCCCUCCUUCUACACCACGAGACUUCACCAUGGAACCCAGUGAGCCUAGAACACAUCCUUCCAAGUGGUCGGUCCAAGAAGUGUACGACUUUAUCUGCAGCAUGCAUGACUGUGCGGAGUACGCAGACCAGUUCAGGUCUGAAGAAAUCGACGGACAGGCAUUGCUGUUGCUGAAAGAAGACCACUUGAUGUCAGCAAUGAAUGUGAAACUUGGCCCAGCACUGAAAAUUUGUGCAAGGAUCAAUCAGCUUAAAGCUGAAGACAGUUAGACCAUUGUAGUUUAUUGCUAGAAAAAGUGAUCUGUCUAAGGAAGGAUGGAGGGCACUUGAAAUUACAUUGGAAUUGAGUCUGUUUAAAUUAGAUAUGAUUAGGGAAUAGGUGCCAGGGUUGGUCACUAAGGAUGGACAGCUAAAAAGUUAAGAUUCUUCCUGCACAUGCAUGGGUGCGUACAUGCACUCACACACCAAAGUGAAAAAUAGGAAAUGAAAGAAUAUAAGUGUGGUUGGAUAGUGAUGGAGGAUAUAGAUUAAAAUGAAGGAUCAAAGCAAGGUGGCAUCACAAGGGUGUACUAGUAAAAAAGGAACUUAAUUUUUUUUUUUAAUCAGACUAAAAUGAAUAAAAUAGAUGGGCUUGUGCUUCCGAUACUAAAUUUUUUUAAACUUGGAAAUAUGUGGGUUUUAUUAGGUAGUCCCAAGGAAAGGUGUUUCUCAUCUUUUUAAGACUAAUGGAAUGCACACAUUUAUUUAUUUAUUUAUUUAUUUAUUUAUAUUUAAAUUAUAUUCUGCCUUGUGGCCUGGCCUUUAAGCAGGAAGCUUAUAAGUCAGUGGUUUUACAUUUAAUUAUUAUAAACAUGAUAAAUAAUAUUUUUACGUAUGGAAACUAUGUUGUAUGGUUUUUGAAUGUGCAUUCAAUGUUUUGUCCUUUUCAGGGCCACUGAUUGUGUAGAUUGUUUGUCGUACUGUACCAUGGCAUCAUUAUCAGUUCUUUUAUAUAGGAAGAUAUUUUUUUUUGCCAGCAUUGUUUGAGGAUACAACAUUUUUCUUUGACUCAAUCUUUGAUGGAGUAAGUUGUUUGAGCAAAAAGGGACAAUUCCAAAAUGGGAAUGGAUAAGUCCAUUGUCUUUUACCUCCAUGCAGUUAAUCAAAAUGAAAAAUAGUUCCAGGCUCCUGAAGUCAUGAAGUUGAUCAAGUAAGACAUUUAAGAGCUUGUUCUUGCCAGUAAUGUAAAAAUCAUUAUCAUGGAUAUUGUGAAUUAAAUAAUGUAUGCUUUUCUUUACAAGGUGCUUGAAUUAGAUAUCACCAAAAACUCUAAAAUUGGCAUAUUGAGCAAACCUUGUUGACUAGGAGUUUACUAGAAGUGUUUUACUUAGAAGGUGGGCAUGGAUGCAGUGACUGUUAUAAAGAUUUUUGACAUUCAAAAAAAAAAAAAAA